AUGAGUGCCCCGACCACCAAAUCGGAUGUACGCGAAGAUGAUGGCGAUUCUCCCGGCCAAUGGGAUCUGGAUAUGUCGGAACUAGACGAUAGCGAUAAGCCCGAGGAGGAAGAUAUCGAGGCUAACCCUUCUUCAGGCCAGUCAGUCUACGAUACGGAUUCAGUGGUGGCCGAGUCGGGCAUCUCAUAUCAUGGCUACAAGCCGGGGAAAUAUUACCUCCCAAAUGAUGCAGCAGAACAAGAUCGCUUAGACAUCAUGCACGUGAGCUUUCGGCUGCUCCUGGGAGGAAAGCUUGCCCUGGCUCCGUUCCAAGAACCGCCGCGGUACGUUCUCGAUGUGGGAACGGGCACUGGCAUCUGGGCAAUCCAGUUUGCCGAGGAGCAUCUCGACUCGCAGGUCAUCGGCACGGACCUCAGCGCCAUCCAGCCGCGCCUGACCAUCUCCAACUGCAGCUUCCAGCGGGACGACGCCGAGGAGGAGAUCUGGCUGUUCCCCGUGCCCCAGAACCGCUUCGACUACGUGCACCUGCGCUUCAUGGUCACCUGCUUCGACGAGCCCCGCCGCGUCAUGGCCAACGCCUUCGAGCACCUCAACCCGGGCGGCUGGAUCGAGUUCCAGGACUCCAUCAUGCCCAUCCUGGACUUUAAUGGUAAAGCGGAAGGAACUGCGAUAGAGAGGUGGAAUCAGUACGCAUACAGCGGAGGCGCCGCCCUGAAUCGAGACUUCAAGAAGCCGAGCCGGUACAAAGAAUGGCUGGAAGAAACAGGGUUCGUCGACGUCAAGGAGCACAAGAUCGAGUGGCCCAUGGCCCCCUGGCCCGCCGACGCCCGGCGCAAGAAGGCCGGCUGGUUCCUACUGCGCAGCCUGAUGAACGGGUUCCGCGGCCUGAGCUGGGCGUUCCUUAGGGCUGCGGGCCUCAGCGCCGACGAGGUCGAGACCCUGGUCGCCGAGUGCAAGAAGGACCUGUUGAAUCGCAAGUACGCAUGGUACUUUGGCGUAUACAUUGUGUACGGAAGAAAACCUGCGGAGGGCGAGACUGGGCAGAGCCCUGCCAGUUCCUCAGCCUCCACGCCCAGCUAA